AUGAAAUAUGCUGAAAUUAGCAAUUGUUAUCAAGAAAAGAGAAAAUGUAUGACAAUUCCAAAGUUUCAGUUUUCAACCUAUUUUGAUUUUUUGUUUCACAUUUAAUAAGCAACUUUGUUUCAAAUCCUUUUAUGUAAAAUAGUUUUUAAAGCAGAAUUCAAAGUUAUUAAUGAAGUUGAAUUAUAAAGUACAUUUAUUUAUUGAAUUUAGCCUAAUUACAAAUAAUGAGAGACGAAAGUUCAAAAUAAUAACAAAGUAAUUUGAUGGCUAUUAUUCAAAAAUUUAAUUAAUAUAUGAAAAUGAUAAAUGAUUUGUAUUUAAUAACAUAGUAAAUCGUUUAAUGA